ACUCUGAACUGGUGUUACAAAAGUCAUAUGUCGGUUGCAUCUUUCGUUAUUUAAUUCUUGUCGGUAAUUUAAUAUUUUAUAAAUUAUUUCUCAAGUACAAAUCUUUAUAAAAGUAUCGAGUUACAAAUGCAUACCUGAUCGUAUCAACAACCUCAGUACUAAACUCCUUACUGGUUAAAAUGUAUUAUGACCUCUUAUGAUAAGUUCUCCAAUUAUCAGUCAUGGCACAUUACUUGAUGUUCAACGCUAGGAAACUAGAAAAGAUACUCGGUGUUUUGAAAUACCAACGCCCUCAACUACUAAGGAUAGGAGAAUUGACCAGAAAUCGAUGCUCGUAUCGAGUACAACUAGUUCUCCAGCAAUGGAGAACACUUUGCGAACAACAACCCAAAGGGUUUGAUAAAUUCUUUAAACCUGGCAAGAACACGAAGCCUCCUGAUGCAGCUCCAAAAGAAGCACCAAAAGAGGCACCAAAGCCACCUCCAGCAUCACGAACACCUCCUAAACAAGAUACUUGGGUAUCUGGAAUGUUUGGUUCAUCCAAGACCGGCUCUAGUGGCAGCGCCGGUAAGCCAUUUGGAGGUGAUAAUAAUCGUGAUAAAAUGAUGAUGUAUUUAUUUUUCGGAGCUGUUGGCUGUGUUACGUUAUUCGCCGUUUAUGAAAUGAGUUAUAAAGAAAUCACCUGGAAAGAUUUUAUUAACAAUUAUUUAGCUCGAGGUAUCGUCGAACGAUUAGAAGUAGUUAAUAAGAAAUGGGUCAGAGUUAAAUUACAGUCUGGUGCUGCUAUGGAUGGAAUGGGCACUCUGUGGUUUAAUAUUGGCAGUGUCGACUCGUUAGAAAGAAAUUUAGAAAAUGUUCAAAUGGAAAUGAACUUAGAUGGUCCUAAUUGGGUGCCAGUUGUAUAUAAAACCGAAUUCGAACCAGUUUCUAUAGUUAGCUUUCUUCCUACUUUACUAAUGAUAGGUUUCGUCUUGUAUAUGAUGAAAAGAUCAGCUGAUAUGAUGGGUGGAAGAGGAGGUCGUCGAGGUGGUGGUCUCUUCGGCGGUGUAAUGGAGUCGACUGCUAAGCUUAUUAAUUCGGCAGAUAUCGAAGUUAAAUUCAAAGAUGUCGCCGGAUGCGAAGAAGCUAAAAUUGAAAUCAUGGAAUUUGUUAAUUUCUUGAAGAAUCCUCAACAGUAUAUCGAUUUAGGAGCUAAAAUCCCCAAAGGAGCUAUGCUAACAGGACCUCCUGGUACUGGAAAAACAAUGUUGGCCAAGGCUACAGCUGGCGAAGCUAAUGUUCCUUUCAUUACAGUAUCUGGUUCCGAAUUUUUAGAAAUGUUUGUCGGUGUUGGUCCAUCUAGAGUUCGUGACAUGUUCGCUAUGGCUCGAAAAAACGCCCCCUGUAUAUUAUUUAUCGACGAAAUAGACGCUGUUGGUAGAAAACGAGGUGGCCGAAAUUUCGGUGGUCAUUCGGAGCAAGAAAACACAUUGAAUCAAUUGCUGGUCGAGAUGGACGGUUUCAAUACGACCACCAAUGUUGUUGUUUUGGCUGCCACGAACCGAGUCGAUGUCCUAGAUAAGGCUUUAAUGAGACCGGGUCGAUUUGAUAGACAGAUCUAUGUGCCAGCUCCAGAUAUCAAAGGCAGAGCUAAUAUUUUCAAGGUUCAUUUAGGUCCAUUGAAGACCGAUUUAAAUAAAGACGAUCUAUCCAGAAAGAUGGCCGCGUUGACUCCCGGUUUUACGGGAGCUGAUAUAGCUAAUGUUUGUAACGAAGCAGCUCUAAUCGCUGCUCGAGAUUUAAAUACCUCGAUUAUAAUGAAACAUUUCGAGCAAGCUAUCGAAAGAGUAGUAGCUGGAAUGGAGAAGAAAACCAACGUAUUGCAACCUGAAGAAAAGAAAACGGUAGCGUAUCACGAAGCCGGACACGCCGUAUCUGGUUGGUUCUUGGAACACGCCGAUCCCUUGUUGAAAGUUUCUAUUAUUCCGCGAGGCAAAGGUCUCGGUUACGCGCAAUAUUUGCCCAAAGAACAAUACCUCUAUUCCAAAGAACAGCUGUUUGACAGAAUGUGCAUGACGUUGGGUGGACGUGUAUCGGAGGAGUUAUUCUUCCGCAGGAUCACCACAGGAGCUCAGGACGAUUUGAAGAAAGUUACCGAGAAUGCUUAUGCUCAAAUUGCGCAUUACGGUAUGAACGAAAAAGUCGGUAAUGUAAGUUUCGAUAUGCCUCAACCCGGUGAAAUGGUCUCGGAGAAACCGUACUCUGAAAGCACAGCUCAACUUAUCGAUACCGAAGUACGAUCAUUGAUUGACAAAGCUCAUAAACGCACCACUACUUUAUUAACGAAGCAUAAGACAGAUGUUGAAAAAGUUGCAGAACGUUUGCUAAAACAAGAAAUCCUCAGUCGAGACGACAUGAUCGAAUUACUAGGUCCUCGUCCAUUCCCUGAAAAAUCAACCUACGAACAAUUCGUAGAAGGUACCGGAUCUUUAGAAGAAGAUACCACCUUACCCGAAGGUCUAAAAGAUUGGAAUAAAAAGAAAGAAGACGAGAAAAAACCAGAAGCACCGACAUCAGCGUCCCAAUCGUCGUGAUUUAUCAACCACCUGUCUUCAGUGUCUGUUGAUCAACUUCCCUACACAUAUUUACCAUCAGUUUCGUUCCGAAAUACAGACUCGUGUGUGAACAUAGAUUUUUUAUGUUGUAGAAUUUGAUGUUGUUUUAAAUUAAAAAAGUUUUUGUUUUUUAACGCCUUCUGUGAUGGCAUUUGA